CAAAGUGCACUAUUAUGAAAGCCGCCCAGGCUUUGCAAGAUAAGAUAACCUAAUUGAUACAGAGAAGAAAAGGGAAUACAGGCUGGAUUUGAGUGUCUGAAUCCUCAGUUUACCGGCACACGCUAAGUUGGCACUAAAGAAAGUAACUAUGACUGCGGAAAUUUGGGACGUUAUAGUUGUUGGUGCUGGACUUUCUGGACUGAGUGCAGCUCAUUGGCUUAAAAAAAGGGACGCCAGUAUGAAAAUACUGAUUCUGGAAGGGAAAGAUCGGGUGGGAGGGCGCACAGUGACUGCCAAGUUACCAGCAGCCAGUGGUGUUGAUUGCUGGGACCUUGGAGGGCAAUGGGUAGGAAGUACUCAAACGCACGUCUUGAAGCUCAUAAAAGAGCUGGGCUUAGAAGUCUACCCACAGUUCAAUAUGGGUAGAAAGGUGCACCACAUGGGUGGGCCAACUUCCAAAGUUCGCACUUACAAGACCAGCAUUCCUGCUCUGUCCCCUGUGGUGCUAAUGGACUUCACCCAGAUCCUGUGGAAGAUUGACAGACUGUGCGCAACAGUAUGCGUCCAGGAUCCCUCAAAGACUCCAAAUGCUGAAGAACUGGACAGCAUGACGCUGCACACGUACAUUGAGAAACACGCUUGGACUGCAGAACUAAAAGAGGAAAUCGGGCUGUGUAGCAGGUCUGUCUUUGGAAUUGAGCCAUCCCAGAUGUCUUUCCUAUUCUUCCUGAUGUAUGCUACAGCUGCUGGAGGGCUACUGAAGCUGCUGGAGAGCACUCCAGGUUGUGCUCAAGAGUUCAAGAUAAAGGGAGGCACCCAACAGCUUUCAGAGUGUCUGGCAGACCGUGUUGGAUGGAAGAAUGUCCGGCUGGGUUGUGCUGUGACAGCCAUAUGGCAGGAUGCUGAGUGGGCCAAGGUGAUGACUGCUACAGACACCUUCUUGUGCAGAGCUGUGAUUGUCACCUGCCCCCCUCAUUUGGCAGCAAAGAUCAACUACCAACCAGCCCUGCCCAGCCAGAGAGCAUUCCUUACUCAGAACAUGCCUGUGGGUCAUAUGAUAAAAUUCAUUAUUACCUACAAAAUGGUAAGUAGAAAAAAAAAAAACAAGAACACACAGAAGCAAUGUUUAUAUGAUUAAGGUUAUGAUGAUCUAAUCAAGAAGCAUUUGUUUUAAAUGAUAACUCUUUUCCCUUCAAAUCUGUUGAGCCAAAGUUACAUAUAAUUCACUCCAAUUAAUUUGGUAGUUACCACAUUUAAGACUGAUUGGCUAUGGUCGAUAAUGAAGUUGGUUGUAGAUUAAAAAGGUUUUAUGUGACUAUAU